CAGCGGACUACUGUGGACUGUGGAGUGAUUUUUUUUGGAUUAGUGGUCUGUGGAGUGAAGUUGAAGUCUCUCUACAGCUUCUUUUAAGAAGAGAACGCUCUCUAACCUUUUCUUCUUAUCAUUAACCUCUCUCUCUCGCUGUCUCUCUCUCUCUGUGCCCUUUUAACAACCAACCCCAUUCUGUCUCGUCUCUCAUCUGCUACAACGCUAUUGUCUACAACACUCAGAGUGAGAAGGAACCAGAGCUUCACACAAACCCAUCCGGCGAUCAAUGGAGUUAGACCUUGAAAACCCAUUUCCAACCUUCCAUGACCACCACUUUGAUACAAUCACUUCUCUCUUUAACAUUGAAUCAGAUCACAUGCCUUCAAAAAACUACCCAGAAAACCUCAAAGCCACAGACUUUGACAUCUCAAUUCGCCGUGAAACCAUCUCUCUUAUUCUACACGUCUCUCAUAACUCUGAUUCAUCCUUAUCCUACCUUGCCAUCAAUUAUCUCGAUCGCUUUCUCUCCACUCAGUCAAUACCGGAAGGGAAGCCAUGGAUCUUGAGGCUUCUUGCUCUUUGCUGCGUUUCUUUGGCGUUGAAGAUGAGAAAAACAGAGUUUUUUGUCUCUGAUAUUCAGCAAGAUGGGGGUUUCAUGUUUGAUGCACAAACGAUUCAGCGAAUGGAGUUGUUAAUCCUUGGAGCUCUAAAAUGGCGAAUGCGUUCAGUUACUCCAUUCUCUUUCGUCAGUUUCUUCAUUUCAUUGUUCAAAUUCAAAGACCCACCAUUGAGGCAAGCUCUGAAAGCUCGAGCUACUGAAAUCAUCUUCAAAGCACAAAAUGAAAUAAAGCUGUUAGAGUUCAAGCCAUCAAUAUUGGCAGCCUCGGCACUUCUCUCUGCUUCUCAUGAGCUAUUUCCCUUGCAAUUUCCUUGCUUUAGAAAAGCAAUUUCAAACUGUCCACAUGUAAAUAAGGAAAGUUUGUUCAGUUGUUGCAAUAUGAUUAAAGAAAUAGCAAUGGACGGCUAUGAAUCAGUGUUGGAAAUGGUAUCGAGAUCCAGCACCCCGGUGAAUGUGCUUGAUCUACCGUGCUCGAGCUCAUCAUCAAGUUCAGAUAGCGAGAAGGCCAAUCCAACUGAGGGUAGUGGAACUGGAACUAUUAGGCUAGAAAAGGACUUGAAGAGACGAAAGAUUGGUGGGUUCAGAGGCGAUAACACAUUUCAGCUUUCUCAGAUUCAACAGUGCUGAUUUGUCCUGUAGAGAGAGAGAGAGACUCAGACUUUUUCAUAAACCAGUUGGUCCAUUGGAGAGGGACACCAGCUGUGCAUCAAAGAACGGAAAAUGAAAAGAGAGGGUCAGUGAUGACCAAUGGGUGAGAGAGAGAGGGAGGGUACUACUCAAUGAUAUCUCAUAGACCAGACCAUUGAAUUCCCUGUGCAUGUUCUUGGUGGAUGGUGGGUUGGAUACUUUUCUGUCACCCAGAA